CAAAGGCAAGCAACAAGUGACAGCCAAUGACCAUUACCCACAGACAAAAGUCUUCGGGAAGUACUCUCAACGCAAGCUCAACUGCUGAUUCUGGUGGGGAUGACAAGGAAACACUGAAAUACCACUGCGAUGGGUGUUCCAACGACGUGACCAACACGGUUCGCAUACGAUGCGCUGACUCGAGUUGUCCCGACUUUGAUCUCUGCGUCACAUGCUUCUGCAGUGGUGUAGAAGGAUUGAAGCACAAGACAUGGCAUGACUAUCGGAUCGUAAAGCCGCACAGCUUCCCCAUCUUUGCCGAGGAUUGGGAUGCCGAUGAAGAACUGUUGUUGAUCGAAGCAGCAGAGAAAAACGGCAUCGGAAACUGGCAGACGAUUGCAGAAGUAGUGGGCACAAAAACCAAAGAAGAAUGUGAACAGCACUAUCUCGAUGUAUAUGUAGCGAGCCCACACUGGCCACUACCACGCAUGAAUCUAACCUUUGAAGAAGCAAGCGAAGACGAGUGGCGAGAACAGAAACGAAUUCGUCUCGAACGAUCCCGUGCCACAAUUCCUGGGGGUACUACAACAAAACCUGCCCCGCCGCCACCUUCCAACAACAACAAACCUAUUACAAGUGGUCCAGCUUAUCAUGAGAUCCAGGGUUAUAUGCCUCGUCGUUUCGAGUUCGAGACGGAAUAUGAAAACGAAGCGGAGCAGUCAGUCAAAGACAUGGUCUUUAAUGACGAAGACACCCAAGAGGAGAUCGACCUCAAAGUCAUGGUUCUCGACAUAUACAACUCUCGUUUAGACCGUCGCGUGGAACGUAAAAAGAUGAUAUUCGAACGUGGUUGGCUUGAUUUUAAAAAACAACAAGCCCUGGAACGCAAACGUCAAAAAGAGGAACGAGAGAUUUAUCAAAAGACACGGGUAUUUUGUCGUCUGCAAACACCCGAAGAUUAUGAAAUGUUUGUACAGGGAUUAGUAAAAGAGCAACAGCUAAGAGAUAGAAUUGCAACCCUGCAAGAGUGGCGUCAGGCGGGCCUGACAUCUUUCCGUCAAGGUGAACAGUAUGAACAAGAGAAGCAAGAGCGCCUCGGGCGUCUCAAGAUCAUGGCUUCUCUUUCGAAUGAAAAGGUUGGAGCCAGCAGUGCUUCUACAAAUCAGCGUAAUUCCUAUCGUGCGCAGAUGGCUGCACUCUCUUCACCGAGCAAUGGUGCCAGUUAUUACAAGCACAAGGUGGCCAACACUCCAAAUUAUAAUUAUUCUGCGGCAUCCACUUCUACCUCUGCCGCUGCAUCUGGAGGACGUAAACCAGCCAACCCAUUGAAUAUUGGUGAAGCGGAUGGUGUGCAUCUUUUGACCGAAGAAGAGCAGAUUAUGUGCUCUACAUUGCGUAUCAUGCCAAGGCCUUAUCUGGUUAUCAAGGAUACUAUACUCAAAGAGUAUGCCAAGCAAGGUUAUAUGAAACGACGCCAGGCACGAGCACUUAUCAAGAUCGACGUCAAUAAAACUAGUCGCAUAUAUGACUUUUUUGUCGAAAGUGGCUGGAUCAAAGCCUUUAGGGAUCCUUCUGCAGUUUCCGACAAGCCAGCUCCAAAUAUGAGUGUCGAAACACCUACCUCUUCUAUGCAAAUGUCAGGAAUGUCGUCCAAUGGAAUUGCACGCUCAGCUGGUUAUUCAGGAAGUCUUCCAGCGUCUGGAUCUACAUAAGCUAGUUUACUCACUCGACCCAGUCGCACAGAGUGUGAAUAUGGGGACACAUGCGGGCGCAAUGUAAAUGUCUGUUCAACAACCGUAUCCUCCAUGCGCCAAGGAUAUCUUCUACCUUUUUUUCUUCUUCCCUUUAUUUCGUUUUAUUUUACUUUACUUUACCUCACUUUACCUUACCUCUGAAAGUCAAUUAACACCAUACACACAAUACACUACACAAUAAACUACACUCCACUCCACUGCACUAAACUACAGUAUUAAACCCAAAACUAAACUGUAAUACGACACCGUUAAAAUGUUGUGCGCGUAUAGCUCUAUAGAGUAUCUUCUAGAUCCAAAGCAUUUUUUUUUCGUAUGUUUAUUUACAAUAACGGUCCGCCUUGACCUUUUCUCUACGAUCCAAUAAAGCCUCUGCAAAAC